UAAUAUCAAAUUAAAUGAUGGGCCAUGUAACUCUGUGAGUGGACGGAAGCGAAUGUUGCCGUCGGACGAAGCAAAGGAGCGUUCUUGCACAAAGAAGAAAGCAUAAAGGAGUAUAGAAGAAGAGAGAUCAAAAACAGAAAGCUCCAUUGUGCGCAUUGAUGGAUUUUGUAUCUCUGUUUCUUCCCUUUUUCGUUCUGAAGUUCGUUAUUAAAUUAAAAUACCCUAACUCCUUAAUCAUGAGAAGUCUCUUCCACGCAACCAUUGUUCGCCACUACCACCACCAUCAUCACCACCAUUGAUCGACUCCUCUCUGUAACUUCCUCCUCCACCACCCGCCAUAUCAUAUCAGUUCCUUCUUCUAUAUCUCCACGCUUCUAUUUUAUCUCUUUUGAUUAUAUAUUUCUAUUGCCAGUUCUUUUUCCAUUGUCAAAGUAAUUUCUUUUCUUUCAAAUUUUAUAGAAUAUCCGAUCCAUUACCCGGAAUCUGCAACCCAUAUAUUCUAGUUUCCUUUCAUCCCUCAAGGAGAGCCGUCGAUUUUCCGAAAUAUAAGCCUCUGGAACUGAAUUGAGUAGUGAGAAUAAUUCAGAUAUCAACAUGCCAGGGAUGGUCUCAGCACAGACCCCUGCCAAUGCAAAGCCAUUACGCAGUUACUUCCGCGAAAACGACGUUAAAACGCCAUCUCCGCUCCUAAAGCGAACCCCAUCAUCACCCUACUCGAACUCGCGAGCCUUACCCUCCAACAAAACCCCCGAGAAGCUCCCUAUUGACGAGUCCUCUUUGGACAACCCGGAUCUUGGUCCAUUUCUGUUAAAACUCGCCCGGGACACUAUUGCUUCCGGUGAUAACCCGGAUAAGGCCUUGGAUUACGCUUCCCGUGCGUCCGUAUCAUUUGAACGAUGCUCGGGUUCAGGUCUGGAGCUAAACAUGAGCUUGCACGUCCUAGCAGCGAUUUAUUGCAGUUUGGGCCGGUUUGAGGAAGCGGUUCCUGUUCUGGAGCGUUCUAUUGAGGUUCUGGACAUCACUGACGGGUUGGAUCAUGCUUUGGCUAAGUUCACAGGGUAUAUGCAGCUUGGGGACACGUAUUCUGCGCUGGGGCACCUGGAUCGAUCCAUUUCGUGUUACGAGUCGGGUUUGAAUGUCCAAAUUGAGGCUCUCGGGGUUUUGGAUCCCAGAGUUGCAGAGACAUGCAGGUACUUAGCAGAGGCCCAUGUUCAAGCAAUGCAGUUUGAUGAGGCAGAGAAGCUCUGCAAGAAGAUCCUUGAAAUUCACAGGAAGCAUAGUCCACCAGCUUCCGUUGAAGAAGCAGCGGAUCGCCGGCUUAUGGCUCUUGUCUGUGAAGCAAAGGGAGACUAUGAAUCUGCCCUCGAGCACCUUGUCCUUGCAAGCAUGUCCAUGAUUGCCACUGGUCAGGACAAUGAAGUUGCUUCUAUUGACAUUUGCAUUGGCAAUAUUUAUGUUUCCCUUUGUCGAUUUGAUGAAGCAAUUUUUUCCUACCAAAAAGCAUUGACAGUUUUCAAAUCUACCAAGGGUGACAAUCAUCCUGCUGUAGCGUCUGCCUUCAUCCGCCUAGCAGAUUUGUAUUACAAGACAGGAAAGGCAAGGGAGUCCAAGUCCUACUGUGAGAAUGCCUUGAGAAUAUAUGCAAGACCAGCUCCUGAAACUGUACCUGAGGAGAUUGCUGUUGGGUUGACAGAAAUCUCUGCCAUCUAUGAAUCUUUGAAUGAACCUGAGGAGGCAUUGAAGCUCCUGAACAAGGCAAUGCAGUUGCUGGAAGACAGGCCUGGACAGCGUAGCACAAUUGCAGGAAUAGAAGCACAGAUGGGAGUGAUGUUUUACAUGAUUGGGAGGUAUGGAGAAGCUCAAAGCUCUUUUGAGAGUGCUGUAGCAAAGCUUCGGGCCAGUGGAGAGAGUAAAUCAGCCUUCUUUGGAAUUGUGUUGAACCAGCUGGGAUUGGCCAGUGUGCAACAGUACAAGAUAGAUAAGGCAGCUGAAUUGUUUGAAGAAGCAAGGGAGAUUUUAGAGCAAGAGUGCGGCUCGUGUCACUUGGAUACUCUUGGAGUGUAUAGCAAUCUUGCUGCAACCUAUGACGCAAUGGGGAGAGUAGGUGAUGCAAUUGAGAUAUUAGAGUACAUCCUCAAGGUAAGAGAAGAAAAGCUGGGAACGGCAAAUCCUGAUGUGGAUGAUGAGAAGAAAAGAUUAGCUGAGCUCUUAAAAGAAGCAGGAAGGGCAAGGAUCAAGAGAGGAAAAUCUCUUGAGCAUCUUCUGGAUUCCAACUCUGAAAGGAGGAAGAAGGACGUUACAAAGAGAAGAUCUGGAUUUGGUUUUAGGACUUGAAUAAAAGUUGUCAUCCUCAGGGUUUGCACUUCGUAAUAUAUAGAAAAUCCUUUGAUGUUUCUUGAGUUCUCAAUUUGUAUUUCUGUUUCUUUCUUUACAAUGUUCCAUUUUUAAUUUGAAUACAACGCCCCCGCAAUAUAUAGCGAAGAAAAAUCUCAGUACACGUGUUGUUU